UCUUAGUUUAAUCUAAGUUCAGCAGCUUCUGGAAAGUGACUGGUGGCCAAGGCAAUUUGGAAAGUUGAUGAAUAAGGUUUAUGUGAGAAGCAAUUUUACCAUCAGUGACCUUGGAUAUAACACAUUAAUCCACAUUAAUCUUGAACAGAAGAUUAUUAUUAUUACUGAUGACACAGACGCCAUGGUGAAGUGGACAGACCAGGAGCGCAGCACGAUCAGAGCUGUUUGGGAACAAAUUAAUAUCGACGAGGUUGGAGCGGAAGCUUUGGCAAGAGUUUUGAUCGUGUACCCCUGGACAGAGCGUUAUUUUGGUUCAUUUGGAGAAAUCUUCACCGCUUCUGCUGUUUUGAACAACGCCAAAGUGGCAGCGCACGGCAGACUGGUGCUGAGGACACUGGAUGAAGCAGUGAAAAACAUGGACAACAUCAAAGACACGUAUGCUGCUCUGAGCCAGCUGCACUGUGAAAAACUCCAUGUGGAUCCUGAUAACUUCAGACUCCUGGCCGACUGCAUCACCAUCACCGUCGCCUGCAAACUCAGGAGCGCCAUGGGCCCUCAGGUCCAAGCCACCUGGCAGAAGUUUCUGUCUGCUGUGGUAGACGCACUGCAGAGUCAGUACUACUGAAGAGCCGAGCAACACACACAUAACUAAAUGAAACUUGUAUUUAAA